CUGCAAAUCAUAUUAAACCCCAGUUAACAGCAACACCUUCCCUAAAUUAAUACUAACCUAACCACUCUGAGAAUUACGUGACAUUCAAAUUAAAGCCCAAAAUCUUUUUAAAGUUUAUUUCUCUCAAAAUAAAUCAAAACCAAUUUAUAUAUUCCAGUAUAUGCUACAGAUGCCAUGAACGGGUCAAGCAAGAUAUCCUUUUUUUGUGUGUGUGUGUAAAACAUCUAAAUACUACUAAUGACUUGUUGAGUUGUUUCUGAGCAAAAACUCACUUAUAACACAUUUGUACGAAUCUUCUCUCUCUCUCGUUCUUGCGAAAUUGCGAUGUUAGAUCCUUCGGCUAAAUCCUACGAUGCUCAUCUGUGUUUUCCCAGUAUUCCCAAUGAUCACUCAGAUUCCGGCGUCUGUUCGCCUACCCUGUGGAGAACCAGCCCUCCGAAGAGUCCUCGUCACCGGCCGGAAGAUUACUGGAGCCUUUCGCCGGAUUCGAAGGCUCAGGCUAUCGCUCGCGGCCAGCGAGAGCUUAUGGAAAUGGUUAGUAAGAUGCCCGAGUCGUGUUACGAGCUCUCCAUGAAGGAUCUUGUCGAGUUAAAGGGGAACGAAGAGAACGAAAGGAAGGUGUUCGAUGAAUUGCCCAAGAGAACGAUUAGGCUGAGCAAGGCUGUGAGGAAGGCGAAGAGCGAUAAAUGGGUUGAUUCUAAUCGAAACAGUGGCGUGAACAACGGUGGGUUUCUUCUCAAAAUGAUGUUUCCUGUUAGCUUCGGAUCUAAGAAAGAGAGGAUGAAGAAGAACAAGAAGGUGGAUUCCUCUGUGACGACGGUUAAAGAUUCCCAGGUUUCACCGAGGCCUUCGAUCUCCGACGAGUCGGUGAAAUCGGAGGAUAAAGAAUGGUGGAAUAGAUUGUCUGAGUCGAGAGGAAGCGCGAGCACGAAGAGGAGCGGAAGUAGCAAUAGCAACAGCAGUAAUAGGAGCCGAAGCAGCCUAAGGGACAGAAACAGUAGCUGCUUCUCUUUCCUCUGGAGUCCAUUCUUGGCUAUAAAUCUUCCGAGGAAUGGUUCCAAGAACAGAGGAGGCGAGACCGGAGAGAUGAAAACCGUUGAAUGUGCCACAAAGAUGACAACUUUUCUGAUGAUACUCCUAAAUUUUGCUUUUGUAACCCUGUGUAUCGUUUUGGAUACGUGUUCUGGUCCAAACGCGUUUUGGUACAGCGUUUGGAUUCGCGGUUCCCAGAAGAAAAAAAGGAAUAAUCAAGAUUCUUUACUUUUCUCCGUCACCGACUGUUACUUUAGCGUAGUGAGACAAAAGCCAAAACACAAAGAAGUCGCAGUUGAUUUAUGGACGGCUAAGGCUGAUGAUGAUGACCUGAUUCAAAUCAUACAAAGCACCGAUCGAUUCGUUUUGUUUCCCGAUCGCGAGACGCACAAAUCCUUAGCUGGGUCUCUCUCGCCUGUUCUCAAGUCUAGAGUCUAUAGAGACAGAAGCGAACUCGCAAUGGCUAAUAACGCGGCUGCUUGUGCUGAGAGGGCUACAAAUGAUAUGCUGAUUGGUCCAGAUUGGGCUAUCAACAUUGAACUGUGUGACAUUAUCAACAUGGAUCCUAGUCAAACAAAAGAAGCAGUGAAGGUGCUCAAGAAACGGUUAGGAAGUAAAAAUUCUAAAGUGCAGAUUCUUGCUCUUUAUGCAUUGGAAACUCUGAGUAAGAAUUGUGGCGAGAGCGUGUACCAGCUUAUCGUGGACCGUGAUAUUUUGCCUGAUAUGGUCAAAAUUGUGAAGAAAAAGCCAGACCUGAGUGUAAGGGAGAGGAUACUUAGUUUAUUAGAUACAUGGCAAGAAGCUUUUGGUGGAAGCGGAGGAAGAUUCCCUCAGUAUUACAAUGCUUAUAACGAACUCAGGUCUGCUGGAGUUGAGUUCCCACCUCGAACCGAGAGCAGUGUACCGUUCUUUACUCCACCUCAGACUCAGCCCAUUGUUGCUCACGCCGUUGCAUCAGAUGAAGAUGCUGCUAUUCAGGCCUCUUUGCAAAGUGAUGAUGCUUCUGCACUCAGUGUGGAAGAGAUUCAAAGCGCUCAGGGAUCAGUUGAUAUUUUGACGGACAUGCUUGGUGCUCUUGAUCCAAGCCAUUCUGAGGGUUUAAAAGAAGAACUUAUAGUUGACUUGGUAGAGCAAUGCCGUACUUAUCAAAGACGUGUAAUGACUCUGGUCAACACUACAUCAGAUGAAGGACUUCUGUUUCAAGGAUUGGCAUUAAACGACAAUCUGCAGCGUGUUCUUCAGCACCAUGAUGAUAAGGCAAAGGGAAACUCUGUACCUGCAACAGCUCCCACUCCAAUACCGCUUGUUAGCAUCAACCAUGACGACGAUGAUGAGUCAGAUGAUGAUUUUGCUCAGCUAGCUCACAGGUCGAAAAGAGAGAGCGCACGAGGGAGUGGACAAGGGAGUUUCAACCCUAUUCUUCCUCCCCCACCACCUACAAUGAGGCCAGUACAUGUUGAGUCUGGUGCUAUGGACUUCCUCAGUGGUGAUGUCUACAAACCUCAAGGAGCCUCAGAGAGUGUAAAGCCUCCGAGUAGUUCCCAUUCAUCAGAUCUAGACUCUUCUGCCCCUGUUUUCGAUGAUCCAGUUCCCCGGAGCAAGUCCCCUGAGCAAGCUUCAUUCACCAGACCAGUUUAUGACCAAUCUGAGAAAUUGCCUCCUGCUCCAUGGGAUCCUGAAGGAACCAGGGUUUUCCCACCACCAAUGUCUGCUAGAACCAAGCGGAGCCAAGAUUACUUCAAGCCUAAUACUGUUCCUCAACACUCAAGCAGUGGCUCUGAUUCCUCUUACGAGGAUCUCCUGGGACAAUCCCGGAAUCUCUCUCUCAAUCCAACCUCCUCUGCUGCUACACCACCGAAGAAAGAUGACAAACCAGAGGAUAUCCUUUUCAAAGACCUCGUUGACUUUGCAAAGACCAGGAAGUCAUCGUCUUCUUCCUCCAAACCAAACAAUCAGAACAACAAACCGUUUUGAGAGACAGAGCUGCCAGUUGUUGUGACAACUACUCCUUUACCAUUCUUUUUUACUUCCUUCACUUGUGUUCUUGUUUUCUUUGAUUGAACAUGGAUGAUGAAAGUCGUGUUUAUUUUUCUUUAUCAAAUAAAAAAGUUAAUAUUUAGAGAUAUUUUCACUAGAUCGAAAUAUCAAUAAUGUAUAUACCAGGUGAAUCGCAUUUAAUACAGUUUAUAUAAAUUCUCAGUCUGCGGAAUACAAAGAUUCUGAAGUUUCUCUUUUGCUUCUAAAACUUUGAUGAAAGUAACCAAAAAAAAACAUUAGUUUCUACCAAACUCUUGAAUCAAGUAUAAGUUUCUUGUAAGCAAGUCUAGUAACGAUCUGACACGGAUCAGUCCCAAGGGAGAGAGCCAGGGAAAGGAGCUGAACCACAGUACCUGAACAAUCCUCCAAUUUCAGGGCAACCAUUAGGGUAAGGUAUAGUCCUGUGGAAAGGGUCACGCUUCAGCUUCUUACGCCAAAGCGAACCAACACAUCCGUAUGGGUCUUCUUGAAACUGAGCUCUAACCAUAGCCUCGCCUUUCAAAGCGUCUUCUUUAGAUGUAAGAGAAGCUGGAGUUCCCAAGUAGGAGAAUCUUGAUUCCGGAAAGCCCAUCGCUGAACGAUGCAAAUGAGCAAAUCUCUCCUCUUUAAAAUCAUAACUCACCACUGUUAUGUUCUGUGGGUAAGAGCCUGUGAGCUCUCUGAAUCGACAAACGCUAAAGAGAAGAUUCUCAAAGCUGUCUCUGGCAUGCUCUUCCGUCAAUGCCCUCGACCUUACAUCGUCCUUGCCUGCCACAUUUUCACACCAUUUAAACUCAGCGACAGCCCAAUAACUCUGAGCUUCACUGCGAGGCCCCGCGUCUUUACGAGUCUCUCCACCACUGAACAGAAGCAGAGACCCAUCAUCUUUAGCUGCAGCUUCAACACCUUCUUGUAUAUGGCUCAAGAACGUCGCAGCCUGACCUGGAUGCUUCUGAUAAGACUCCAAGAACCACGAAUCCUCCUUAUCGAGUUUACCGCAGUUGCUGCUCGUGUAAACAGAAUGUCCAGCCACCAUCACGAGGUUCCUCAGGUUCGCAAAUGGGUAAACAUCGUUAUCCAGAUCGGUCUUCUUAUAACCGACGACCGUUGGUCGAACAUGGCUCUCGUAUAUCGACGACGUAAAUAUAAGAACCGUGAUCCCGAGCGAGAGGAGGAGGACGACGAAAACGAGGAUCGGGUGCAGCUUGAAGAAGUGGUGAAGACGAUUCCCGAGAGAUUUGAUCAUUCUCGCAAACGAAUUCCUCGGCUUUCUCGAUUUUCUAACCGCAGCUCCUGAUUCUAAAUCGAAAUCACCACCACCUCUUGAGUACGCGUGAUAUGCUUUAUUGGGGUUACUCGACCCAAAUGGAUAUUUAUUCAUGCUCGAGACCACCAAUGAGGGAGAUUAAGCAUUACCCAGAUCAGAUUUUGAGAGAGAUUAUCACGCGUGAUCAUCAAAAAUUUCCUCAGUGGGGAUUACCAGAGAAAGACGCAGACUUUUGAUCGAGCUCAGAUCAUUGAUCUUAGAAGAUAAAUCUCGACAAACAUUAAAAGACAAAUCGAACACAAAACCCAGGUGAAAAUUUUCCAGAAUCGAGACAGAGAAAAUAACGGAAAGCAAGAAAACAGAACUCACGAGAUUAAUUUCAGUUUCCGGUGAAUUACCAGAUUUUGCAUCAAAUCCGUUGACCGAGAGAGUGUGGUUGGUAUUUAUUAUUUCGUCGGUGAAGGUCGACGAUUUUAAGACAAUUUAGCGAUUUGAACUUUGGUACUAAUAAGAAACUUCGGGAAAGAUGCUGUCAACGUGAGCGAGGAAGGAGUAGCUGAUGGCUGAGCAGCUUCGAGAACGCUUUAAGCCCAGAUCCAUAUCUUGGUCCAUGUUAAU